AUGAUGGAAGUGCAGCAGCAACACUCGCCUGUAGGGGUGGGUCCUCUGGACUUUUCGCGAAGGGGUGUCGCCGAGGCGUCCGCAUUUCGCGUUGUCAAACCAAAACAGGCGUCCGCGUUGGUGCAUCAGCAGGCGUUGUCGCCGGAAGCGAAUAACAAUGAGAAUCUCCAGGAGAAUCCGCAGCUUCCUGUGGAGGCUGAAGGUGGAUGCAACGUUCGUUUGAUGUUCCCCAGACUGUGGGCCCCUUUUGGAAACGCUGUGGAAGUCACGAACUUGCCGUCUUUGCCCAAGAGUCAUACAGAACGAUUGUCCUUUGGAGUCGGUCGUCUGGUGGGUUCCCCGGCGACGAGGAGUCCAUCCCCGACGCACUCUCUGUGUCCAGACUCACCGCCGUCGGAUCGACGAGACGUCGGCGAGGUGGACGUGGACGUCGAGGAUGAAGAGGUCGACGUGGACGUCGUGGAAGUCGGUGACGAGGAUGAUCGUGAUGCAGCGUCGAGCCCUCCACGAUCAUCGAGCACCCCCUCGCCGACGAGUGUCGCGAUCUCGCCAGUCUCGAACCCGCCCAAGAAAUCCGGCGACACAUUCAGCGUGUCCGCGCUUCUGAGGCCUGACCCGCCGUCCGCUCACCUUCAGAACGCCUCCCCGCAUCGGGACGGCGCGUCGAUCGGUGGACAUCCACCACCACCUGGCUCCUCGAUGCUCUAUCCGCCCCUUCAUCUUCAGGGUGGACUCCUACCUCCCCAUCCUCAUCAUCCUCUCUCGUACCUGCAUCCUCAGCUGCUGCCUCAUCAUUUGUUACCACCGCACCUACACCCCCUGUUACGGGGCGUACAUCCAGGUCACCCUGGCCUCCACUCGACCCACAGCGGCCACGGACUUCAUCAUCCUCAUCCACUUGGAGAUGUCUACAGCUGCGUCAAGUGCGACAAGAUGUUCAGCACGCCCCAUGGCCUUGAGGUGCACGCAAGGAGGUCUCACAACGGGAAGAGACCGUUCGCCUGCGAACUCUGCAAUAAAACCUUCGGCCAUGAAAUCAGCCUUACGCAACACAGAGCCGUGCAUUCCGCGGAGAAGGUGUUCGAGUGUAAGCAAUGCGGCAAGGCGUUCAAACGAUCCAGUACUUUGAGCACUCAUCUGUUAAUACACUCGGACACGAGACCGUACCCCUGCCAGUUUUGCGGGAAGAGAUUCCAUCAGAAGAGCGACAUGAAGAAACAUACCUACAUACACACUGGCGAGAAACCGCACAAGUGUCAGGUAUGCGGGAAAGCGUUCUCCCAGAGCAGUAACCUGAUCACGCACUCGAGAAAGCAUACCGGGUUCAAGCCUUUCGCCUGCGAGCUCUGCGGUCGAGCUUUCCAGCGAAAGGUCGAUCUGAGAAGGCAUCGGGAGACCCAACACGCGGAUCUGAACGCCUCCCAGCGAGCCCCGAUCGGCUCGAUCUCUGGACAAAAUUCUCUGCCCAAUGGCAAUCCGCCUAUGAUACAGUGAACGAGCCUCGAACGAUCCUCGAGGAAACUGUGAAAACCUCCCCUCCGCGAGGGUUAGAUCGAAUUUUUCGACCG